GAUUGGAGAAAGCCUUGUACCAAAGUGGAUUGGAGAAAGCCUUGUAUCACAAUCAGAAUUGCGUAUGAGGGCUAACAUGUUCACAGGAAGUAUUCCCGACCAACUGUGUCGGCUUUCACAUCUCCACGUCUUAGAUCUCGCACUUAAUAAUUUAUCAGGAACCAUUCCACCAUGUCUGGGCAAUUUGAGUGACCUGAGUUCAUCACAAUCCUAUAGUCCACAACUUCGACCUGCUCAUUCUACAUAUACACCUCAGCUAGACUUGGUUGUGAAGGGAAGACAAAUGAAAUAUACCUUCACGCUUGAGCUUGUGAAUGUCAUUGACUUAUCGAGCAAUAGCCUAUGGGGAGAGAUUCCGGAUGAGAUUACAAAUCUUUCAUCUCUAGGUACCUUGAAUUUGUCCCGGAACCAAUUGACAGGAAAGAUACCAGAGAAUAUUGGAGGUUUACAGAAAUUGGAAACUCUUGAUCUCUCGUGCAACCAUCUUUCUGGCUCAAUUCCUUCAAGCAUGUCUUCUAUAACCUCAUUAAGCCAUUUGAACUUGUCUCAUAAUGAUUUGUCCGGACCAAUUCCAUCAACCAACCAGUUCCUUACCUUCAAUGAUCCAUCCAUUUAUGAGGGUAACCCAAAACUCUGUGGAGAUCCUUUAUCAAUCAAAUGUCUCAUGCCUAAUGAAAGGAAUGGUGAAGACCAAGGUCAGGCCAAAGAUCAUGACCAUGAAGAUGAAGAUGAUGAAGACAAGUAUGAAGCGUUGUGGUUCUGUGUUAGUACAGUAUUGGGAUUUAUUGCGGGAUUUUGGGCCGUUUGUGGUAGUUUGGUGAUAAAGAAGUCGUGGAGAAAUGCCUACUUCCGAUUUCUCGACAGUGUGAAAGAUUGGCUCUUUCAGGUCAUUGCGUUGAAUGUGGCUUGUGUACGAAAAAUGGUGGGGAGUGAGAAGAGUUCUCCUGCAUAG